AUGUCCGCCGCUUCCGUUGCUGAGACCAAGCCCGAGGCUGUCGCUCCCGCUGCUGACGCCGUCGCCGCCACCUCCCCCACUCCCGCUGCUGCUGAGCUUACCGCCGUCGCUGGCGACGAAAACGCCGAGGGCGCCAACAUCGACCCUAACGCUACCCUCCUCGUCCGCGCCCUCGUCUCCACCAAGGAGGCCGGUAUCAUCAUCGGCAAGGGCGGUGCCAACGUCGCCGAGCUCCGUGAGCAGACCGGCGUCAAGGCUGGCGUCUCCAAGGUCGUCCCUGGCGUCCACGACCGCGUUCUGUCCGUCACGGGUACCCUGGUCGGUAUCUCUGACGCUUUUGCGCUCAUCGCCAAGACCAUCCUCGCGAACCCUCUCAACGCUCCCGUCCAGGCUGACGGCACCCCUACCGAGACUGCCGCCCAGACCACCUCGGUGCGCCUGCUCAUCUCGCACAACCUCAUGGGCACUGUCAUUGGCCGCCAGGGUCUCAAGAUCAAGCACAUCCAGGAUCUGUCCGGUGCCCGCAUGGUGGCCUCCAAGGAGAUGCUGCCCCAGUCGACUGAACGUGUUGUCGAGGUGCAGGGCUCGGUCGAGGCGAUUCGAGUUGCCAUUCACGAGAUCGUCAAGUGCCUUGCUGAGGACUGGGACCGCUCGCAGAACGUCGUGCUCUACCAGCCUGGUCAGGGCGACGGCCCCGGUAUCCUCGCCGGCGGCGGUAUGGGCGGUCUGCAGCAGCAGGGUUCGCGUCGCCAGGGUGGUCCCGCUUACCUCGCCGGGGCCAUGGGCAACUUGAACCUCAACUCGUCCAACAACGGCGCCUUCAACAACAACACCCACCGCAACCACAACAACAACUCCAACAAUAACUCCAACAACAACUCCAACAACGCCACGAACGCCAACUCGAACUCGAACAGCAACUCGCGCCGCACCGACCCCAACGCUGUCGUGACCCCCGGUGGAGGCCUCGUUGCUGGCGCCACCACCAACUCGGCCAACGCCGGCGAGCCCAACGCUUCCGCCCCGCCCCUCGUCGACGCGGCCAACCUGCGCACGCAGAACAUCUCGAUCCCUUCGGACAUGGUCGGCUGCAUCAUUGGCAAGGGAGGCUCCAAGAUCACCGAGAUCCGUCGUCUGAGCGGCUCCAGGAUCUCGAUCGCCAAGGUGCCGCACGACGAGACGGGCGAGCGCAUGUUCACCAUCCAGGGCACGCCCGAGGCCAACGAGAAGGCGCUCUUCCUGCUGUACAACCAGCUCGAGACCGAGAAGGAGCGUCGUCAGAAGCAGACUACCGCCGGUGGCGCCAACGGCGCCGCUGACGACGAUACCCCUGCUGCGGCCACUACUGCUGCUACCUCGGCUUAA